GUUCAAGCCACUGUAGUUCCUAGUUUCACUAGUUUAUGCAAGAAUCCAAUAUUAGAGUAAGAGAAACUUCACCACCAGUGUCGAGGAGAAGGAGUAUGAGGAUCUUGAAAUUUAAGCAAGAUCGUGAUAGCCUCACUACUGAGGACACUGAUACUGGUGAUAAAAGACUGGCUUUUAAGCAGAAAAUUAGAUCUGCAAAAAAGAGAAGUCCUAAAAAGAAGAAAGUGGCCAAGAAAAAAAUUUAAACCUCAGAAAGUAAAGAAAAAGAAGAAAAUAUAUCCUCCUAUUCUUGUAGAAAUUACUGUUGAUCCUGCUAUUGUUCAGCAAGUUAGAGAGUAUAGAGCCAAACAUGGACUUCCCACAAGUGCUAAGCCAAAAGUAAAAUCUCAAAAGGCCAAUUGUAAGAAGCCUAAAAAGCGAUCAGUGCGGAAAGAUACCAAAAAGCGACAAGAUAUUUUUAUGGUUAUCAAAAAGCAAGAUGACCACUAUAUUUUUGAAGAUAUCCAAAUUGUAUCUCAGCCAGUAACUAAGGAGAGAAAUGCGAUCAAGUGUAAACGACCCUAAAGAGU